AUGAGUCCAUAUCUCACCUCAAAUCCCAACGACAAGGCCGAGGUGUCUUCAUCCAGCACGAAGGCUGUCUUCCCUCACAUCGAUGCCGACCCUGCUUUGCUGCCGUCCUCUGUGGAUCCUUUCACCAUCACGACUUCCACCGGCUUUCUACCUCUGCAGACACCUCAAGUCGAUCUGCCAGAUGUAUUCAAACCUCUCAACCAGCUCGCAGAGCAAAUGCCAAUUGUCAAGGAAGACGGACAGCCAGGCCUGCUGGCUACCUACCAGCUCGGCCCUACCAUCGACGAACUGAAAGCUCUUCCUGAUCUGACAUCUGAGAUCGACAAUCUCAUCGCUGCAGAUGGGAAGCCUGACCUUGUCGCUGUCACGGCUGCAUUCCGCGACUACUCGUUCUUGACAUCGGCCUACUUACUCGAGCCAUGUUGGGAACGCUGGAAUAAGGGCUUGGAAGGUUACGGCUUGGGACGUGCGAAGCUUCCGGCCUGCCUAGCUGGACCUUUGGUCAAGACAGCGAAGCUGUAAGACACAGAGCUCUAUAUCACACGAUGACAAGCUGACGUAUCUCUCAGUCUUGACAUCCCGCCUUUCAUGUCCUACGCUGCAGCCUACUCGCUCUUCAACUACCGUUUCGCAGAGCCUAACGUUGGCUUCUCGGAGUACUACAACUUGCGACUCGUACGUGCGUUUGAGCGUGGCCUUGACCCGUACUCGUCAGAAGCUGGCUUCAUUCUUACCCAUGUGGACAUUGUGCGGCACACUGGUGGUCUCAUUCAAGGAGCUGUUCAGACUCUUGACACAGUCGCAGCCGACAGUGGCAGCAACGCAGUUGCUGGAUCCUUUGAACUCCUCCUGGAGACCAUGCAGGCGAUCGAAGCGUCCAUGGAGAAGAUGUGGGCGCAUUCUAAGCCGAAAGAGUAUAUCAGCUAUCGCACGUUCAUCUUCGGAAUCACCAAUCAGUCCAUGUUCCCGAAUGGCGUUGUCUACGAAGGCAUCAAUGACAACAAGCCGCUCUACUUCCGUGGAGAAUCGGGUGCCAACGACUCGAUCAUUCCACUGCUUGGUCAGUACCUCUCUCUACCAUGAAGCUUGUCUUUUGCUAACAAUGAUAAAGACCACUUGCUACAGAUCCCAAUGCCACAGAAUCCACUCACCGAAAUUCUCAAAGAUUUCCGCGGAUACCGCCCAAAACCUCACCGAGACUUCCUGACGUAUGUGCGCACCCGUGCUGAGGAGGUUGGCGUGAAGCAGUACUGCCUCAAAUCGCUCCAGACCAAAGUUCUCUACCUCCGUCUGCUCGAGCACGUUCGCAGCUUCCGUUGGCGACACUGGCUCUUCGCACGCGAGUACAUUAUCAAGCGCAGCAGCCAUCCCACAGCUACAGGCGGCAGUCCCAUUGUUACAUGGCUGCCGAACCAGCUGUUUGCUGUCAUGGAGCUGAUGAGAGAGGUCUGGGAGAGCAUCGCUGUUGAGGAACGGAAUGCGCAGGGUAAGACGGUCAAUGAGAUGAUGGAAAACGUGUAUGAUUCGUAUGAUAAGCUGCGCACGGAGGUCGACCGAUGGUGCUCGGAGAGGAGCGAGGCGAGUUGGAAGGCGUAA